AAUAAAUAUACGAUGGUGAAAAUAAGCGACCAGAGUAGACUUCUGGCUAAAGGUAAAAGAUCAAUAGGCAGCUCAGUCAGUGAAUCUCUGGACUAUAUCAACGUAUACAGCUCCAGUAAGAGCCAUGACGCUAAAAUCAAGGACUCGAGUUACUUCAAUUUAUUUGUGCUCACAAGCUAUAUCAUUUCUGACAUCAAAAAGAAGCCACGGUCAUAUAAAAUAGGAAUAUUCACUGUAGUGAUAACUAUAACGUUCAUUGUAUUCUUGUACUCCAUCAUGGAUAUCUUACCGCUGAUAUUCCUGAAGCAAGCCCAGAACACUGUAGGUGAGGCAGACCUCACCUACAGAGCAAAGGCUGCUGAAAAUAUAUCUCAGACAUCUGAUCAGUUCAUGUACAAUAGUGAUUAUUAUGUACUCAGAGAAGAGCCUCCUGAUACUUCCUCGAUUUUUGUGAAUUAUACAAAUAUCAAGGAAAAGACGAAGGAUUUCAACAGAAUUAACGGGGUCACACCCCGCUGGUUUGCAGUUGCUGACUUUACAAAUCCUAACACGACUGAUAGCCUAACCACAUCUGGAGUCGUUAUGGUUAUCGAUUCCAAGAAUGAAGUCGAAAUCGGCCUUGGAAGAGACUUCACAAAAGAAUUACUUGGUGCUAACCAAGCUUUUGUUCUUGAUUCUGGUCUGGAAUAUCUAGGUAUUAAGCCGAAUAAUCAGGAUGAAAUUAGAGUCACCAUUGAUACAAGAGACUUCUUGUCCACAAUUUUUGAUACAAGCAAUCCGCUUACUCAGGCAGACAUUGAGAAAUUAACCCAAGAGGCUGGGCUCGACUUAAAUUCUACUCAAAAUGUCCAAGUCAACGUUGCAGACUUCUUUAAUUUCACUGAUGCUGAAGACGCACUUGGAAUUGACUUGUCUCCGAUCCAGGACUUCAACUUCACAGUAACCCCUGUGGAUAUAUACGAUAUAAUACUGGAUAACCAAGAUGCCUUGUUUGUCCUCAAUUUCGACUUCCAAGUCAUCGGCUCAUUCGAUGCUCCAAUGGGAAAAUUUGCCAACAGCUUUGGAAACGCAGUCGUGAUCGACUCUAACUACCUCAUUGAGGAGGUAACUGAGGUUGUCAAUACUAACCUCAAUUCUCUCAAUUCUUCCAUACCAACUGUACUAUCCUCAACGUUUACAACAGUCUUGAACGUGACAGAAAACCUCGAAAAUUUAGAACUAAAUCACUAUGCAAUGCAGGUUGAUGCUGUCUUCAGAAAUCGAGAGGAUUACUAUAUGAGUACACCUGAGAACAACGAAAGGAUGAUUAUCAACCUCCAGACUGACCUCAAUUUGGACAUCCCACUUGAGUCCACAGCUCCAGUUCUGGGAGCACUCGAGGGUCUCAAUUUUAUUAGACUCUUCUUGCAGAGUACCUUUAUGACAAUAGUCUUCUUCAUGAUCCUCCUGAGCGUCAUGCUUAUCUACUCCCUAAUGAUUGCUGAUGUAGAUGAAAAGACUUAUGAAAUGGGGAUGCUGAGGGCUCUUGGCCUCAGAAGAGCCUCCCUCGUCCAGAUAAUAGUCAUUCAAUCAGUUAUCUUUUCAGGAAUUGGCAUUAUUGCAGGUAUGAUACUCAGUGCGACCCUCAAUUCUGGCCUCAGGUGGUAUAUCUUCAACACUUCUAAAAACUCAACGACUUAUUGGCUAAGUGUCUCAGCUGCUUUGUCAGGAAUCAUAAUCGGAGCUCUCAUGCCUAUUCUGAGCAAUAUCUGGGCUAUCAAAAGAGCCCUUGGAAAGAAGAUCAGAGACUCCCUUGACGUCUUCCAUACCGGUCUAAAUGAAGUCAUGAUCAGGAUAAUUAAGCUAGAAAAUUAUGGGUUAUCCAUCUUUGAAAUCACUCUAGGAAUUACUCUUACACUCAUGGGUGUAAUUACUUAUUACUUCUUGCCAGCCUCUUUUCUUUUCAACAGACUUGACUUGUUCUUCUUCAUCCUUAAUAUGAUCUUGGUUGGUAUGAUUAUUGGGCUGACCUUCUUGUGCUUCCUGAUCUUUCCAUAUGUCCAAAUGGGGAUUAUCUAUGUGUUCACAUUCGUGUUCAGCUUCGAUCUCAAAUUGAGACCUUUAAUCUUGAAAAACCUAAACCACAGUCACAAGAAGAGAAAUAUGAAGACAGCAAUGCUGUUCACUAUAGCUCUGUCCUUCUUAGUGUUCAGUGGUAGCUCUCUGCUCCUGAUUGGUAAUUUAAUCCUGGGAUUCAUUAAGAACUUUGUAGGUGGCGAUAUAGUCAUCUCGUCCUUCCUUUCAGGAAACCAUCUUCCUGAAAAAGAUCUCAGAGCAUUCUGUGAUCGAGAAAUGGUUAAAGAGAAACCUCUCAUGGAGAUGUACGCUUUUGCAGGACUUGAGCUUACGGAGUACUUUGAAGAGGUCUUCGGCCAAUCGUUUGAGUUUAGACUCAACAGUGGCGGCUCUUUUCCUGAUAACGAAGUCAAUAUUAUACCGGUAGAAGAAAAUUACAUUGAUUCCUCACUUAUUGAUUUUUAUGUGCCUAAGCAUCUCCAUUCUGGAGUUAAUUUUCAGAACUCACAAGGCAAACCAGAUGUGGUAAAGUCUUUGUAUUCAGAUGAGAAGACCACUGAGUUUGGAAACGACCUUGAUCCAUACGAUACUGUUAGUAAAAAUAUGUCUUCAGCGAGCUCUUCAGGCACCUCAAGUUUUGCUUAUGAUCGGACUCAACAAAUUAAAGGAGUUCUUCCCUUAGGGAUCAAAGAUGUGCUAUCCAUAAAAGGAGGUGAUACUAUCAAACUCGCAUUAACUCAGCAGAACCUUCAAAUUAAUAGCAAUUACAGAUAUUUAGUGAGAGGGUUACCUCAAAAAGUUCCAGGGUUCUUCUUCAUGUCAUACAAACAAGUCCAGUUCUUCCUCCAGUCGAUAAUAAGCUUCCCGCAGGCUUUUGAGAUGGCCUAUUUCCAGUCCUUCCUCAAAGACAAUAAGGCACCAUACGAUGAAUAUCUUAAUAAAGCAGAUGUAAAGACCUGGUCUUACAACUAUCCUAAAGAAAGACUCCUCGUGCGUCUCAUCAAAGGAGUGACAGAUACAGAAAGGAACGUCCUUGUAAACCAACUAUCAGGCCUUCUGACAGAUGAUACCAUGGUUGUUUUCAACGUGGCUGCCUUUGAAAAAGCAGUGAAAUCCACAACUUCGCUGUUGCAGAUCUUCAUGAUCCUACUUGGAGCCAUCGCAUUUAUUCUUUCCUUCUUUCUGCUGAUAAUCUCAACCACAAGUAAUAUCAAUGAAAAUAUGUGGGAGUUCGGUGUCCUUAGAGCAAUUGGACUCCGAAAAAUGCAGAUUCUUAGAGUAUAUCUUUACGAAUCCAUUGCAGUUACCCUCUCAGCAUGAAUUCUUGGUCUCUGAGUAGGGUUUUUGCUAGCUCUUAUCAUCUCAAUGCAAUUCAAUUUGUUCCUGGAACUGCCCUUCUUCAUCGAGUUCCCUUGGUUAUUGACCCUCUGAAUGAUAGCACUAGCCCUGGGAACAACAGUCUUUGGUACUGUUGUCCCCAUCAGAGCUGUAAACAAAAGGCAGAUUGCUGGAAUCUUAAAAGUUGCUGCCUAAACUCUCUUUCUCAAUAAAACUCAUCAUAUA